AUGGAAGCGGAUUCUGAAGCGAGUGCAAAGCAGUAUCUUUUUGGGGUGCUAAACUUGAAAAGGGAACGGCAGCGGCUGCACCGCGCGCUGAAGAAUGCCUUUCCCUACCUUCGCACUGAAACACGCCGUGUUCCAUCCCUAUGCGGUCCUGCUGAGACUUUGGAUUUUCAUGUGCUUGCCAUGUACGACACUGACUAUCUCCUCCUUGCCCACCUCCUGGGCGAGGGCCCCGCGGACACGGUGGAGGCAUGGAGUAACGCGGUGUCACGCAGCAAUAACUUUUGCAUCGCGGUUAACUUUCCACCGGAGACGACAAAAGAAACGCGCUGUACAUUUCACAAAAUGGUGUUUCGACGUUAUCCGGGUCUCAUGUGUCGUGUCACAAAUGGGCAGGUGACACUCAAGGCCUCGUUGACGAGGCACCAGGGGAAACGUGCCCGUGAUGGUGUUGAUGGCGCCUCGUCGGGUUUGUUCACACACCUCGUUGUUCGCAAGCGCAACCUCGACGUGAUGGAGAUGCGGCUUCUUCUGGCGGAGCACUUUGGGGUCCCCGACACGGCCGUGUGUACGGCAGGACUUAAGGACAAGUGCGCCAUCACGUACCAGCGCUGCUCCGUCCCUCUCUCCGGCCAGCAUCAUCCAGGACCAAGGCCGCAAGGUGGUGAAAGUGUUCGUCUGGUGUGGCCCAGUGACCCUUCAAGCUACAUGGAGAUUCUGCAACGUUCGGGGCCCUGUUCCACCCCGAUUGGCAUGGGUCAACUCAGUGGAAACUACUUCAGCGUGCGCCUCGUGGAUGUGCGGGGGAUGACCCCUCGCACGCUUACCCAACGCCUACAACAGAUUGAGUCGACCGGAUUCUUAAACUACUUUGGACAGCAACGGUUUAGCGAGCGUGUACAGAGCACGAAGGACCAUGUCGGGGUUCAUCUGAUGGCGGGGAGGUGGGCGGCAGCUGUGAGCACCAUCGUGAGUUGUGUUCCAGGGUUUUACGCGUUUUUUCCUGAGCGUAUGGAGGCUCGUUAUGUGCCAGCCAACGCCCGGGAUGCUCUGUGCGUUGUACGGGCUCUACAACGACUACAUCGGACGCAGCACGCAUCCCCAGCAACGCCGCUCUCCGCGGACGAUGUUCGUAGUUGUACCACCCAUUGGCAGCAAUUGUGCCACGAUGCACUUUUGACCGUACCGUACAAUAUUCGUCUCUUGUGGGUAAACGCGGCCCAAAGCCUUAUUUUUAACCUUAUGAUCUCGAAGCUGCAUCGCACGGGUUCAGUUGCGGGGGUGGUAGACGUGUUGCCCCUAGCGGCUUACCAGGUGAAGUUUGAGGAGGCCUUGCGUCCGGCAUUUGAGCAGACAUUGACGGAGCUUGACUUGCAUGCCUCCGAUGUGCUGGAGCAGAAGAAAGUUCUUGGCGUGCCACUUUCAGGUGCAAUGCGCCGGACGGUUGUGCAGCCGACGGGGUGCAUCUUUACACUGGAGGGGACUGACGAGGCGGACGCGGCGAACGGAUUUAACGCGACGGUUAAAUUUAUGCUUCCACCUUCCAGUUACGCGACCAUAUUUCUGCGUGAGGCCCUGGGGUCUGACAAGUGGUGGUAG